GCUUCACAAUGGCCGCCCGCACGCUGAGAAUUGGCCUCAUCCCCGGUGACGGCAUUGGCCGCGAAGUCAUCCCCGCCGGCCGCCGCAUCCUCGAGGCUCUUCCUUCCUCGUUCGGUCUGAAGUUCAGCUUCUCGCACCACGAAGCCGGCUGGGACACUUUCCAGAAACAGGGUGUUGCCCUUCCUGAAGACACCGUUGCGGCCCUUAAGUCGGACUGCGAUGGCGCUCUCUUCGGCGCUGUCUCCUCGCCCACCGUAGCGACCAAGGGCUACUCCUCCCCCAUCGUCGCCCUCCGCAAGCGCCUGCAGCUGUACGCCAACGUGCGUCCCGUCAAGUCUGUUGCCAGCGCCAAGUCUCCUGUCGACCUCGUCAUUGUUCGCGAGAACACCGAGGACCUGUACGUCAAGGAGGAGAAGACGUACGCUGCGCCUGAUGGCAGCAAGAUCGCCGAGGCGAUCAAGCGCAUCUCCGAGACCGCGUCGUACAACAUCUCCGCCAUGGCCGGUGACAUCGCUCUCCGCCGCCAGCGCGUCCGCGAUGCUGGCGCUUCUUCCAUCCACUCCCGCCCCUUGGUCACCAUCACCCACAAGUCCAACGUCCUGUCGCAAACCGACGGUCUCUUCCGCGAAACCGCCCGCAAGGCGCUCGCUGACCAGAAGUACCAGCUCGUCAACGUCGAGGAGCAGAUCGUCGACUCGAUGGUCUACAAGCUCUUCCGCCAGCCCCAGGACUACGAUGUGAUCGUCGCACCCAACCUGUACGGAGACAUAUUGUCUGACGGCGCUGCUGCACUUGUCGGCUCCCUUGGUCUCGUUCCCUCCGCCAACGUCGGAAAGGACUUCGUCAUCGGUGAGCCAUGCCACGGCUCCGCGCCAGACAUCGAAGGUCAGGGCAUCGCCAACCCCAUUGCCACUAUUCGAUCGACGGCGCUCAUGCUCGAGUUCCAGGGCGAGGAGAAGGCCGCUGCUGCCAUCUACGCCGCUGUCGAUGCCUGCCUCGAGGAAGGCAAGCUUCUCUCGCCCGACCUCGGCGGUAAGGCCAAGACCAACGAGAUCAUUGAAGACAUUUGCAAGAGGCUGUAAACUGUCCAGCGCAAGGUUAGAUAUAAAAGUGUAGACUGUAGAUCGUAGAUACCAUGUAACGUAAGGUCAAGAGUUUGAAUACCC